UUGCGCUCGUUUCUUCUUCGUUGUCACAUUCCAAACCAGAGUUCUCGGCCUCUGUCGCGAUGGAACGUCUUUGACGGAGUAAUUUUUUUCGAAUCGUGUUGUCGCUGUCCUUGUCUGCUUCUAGGGACGACAGGACGCACAGCACGCCAUGGCCGGCGGAGGCGGAGUCGGCGGAGGCCUGGAGUCGCUACGGGACCUGCCCUGGGUUUCUGUGCCUGGCUUCGAGGAACAGGACGUGAAAAUUCGGAUCUUCGGCGGGAAGAUCCCCAAAACGCAAAGCUGGGUCUACGUGCCACUGAUCGCCUCGGCGUUGGGCACCUUACCGGGGUUCCGGUUCGACCGACGAGUGCAAGUGGUACUAAGGGGGUUGAUUUUUUUUGUAAAGGGGUUGUACACUAUAAACAGCUGCGCUGAUGAAAAUCGAACGUCGAAGUGUGUCAGUUUUAUUUGAAGGCGGAGGCGCAUCUAUAAAUUAUUCCGAUUUUUUUAGCGAGGUCGGAACGAAGAAGGUGAAGUUUUCGUUUGUCUGCACAGCGUCGUGUUUAUUUGGUUCCCAACACAUAAAAAUCAGGGUCCGUACAGUUUUUCCACACCGGAGCAGAUCGUGGCUGCGCAGGAUUUUUGGCGCGGGGUUUUUUCGCGAUGGGACUUGUGGGUGGAGGACUUGCGGGACGGCAUUCUGAAGAAGUUCGGAACUGUCGAGCACUGUGAGCUUUUUAUUGACAGGAAUAUUUAUUCAUAUUCUGUUGUUUGUGAUGUUUCUGCAGGACGAAGAUGACCACCACCUUUGUAGUUGUACAUGUCGUUAUGCUUAUUUUUCGCAUUUGCAUCCGGAAGAUCAUAAAGAUAAAUGCAACAUAUGUAAUAUUCCAGGCAAUAUCUUCCACGUUCGCAGCAUCAGCUGGACUACCACCAUGGUCUUCGGGCACCCCCACGAGUUCGGAAUUUUGCCGCACCCCAGUGGUAAGCAGCUCUCGACGUGCAGAAAUCGCGCAACAUGCAUUUUCAAUCAUCAGAUCGCAUGGUGCGAGGACGUCGUUUUCUGGAUCACAAAUUGAUACGCACUCUUCAUCACCAAAAUGUUCUAAACAGGUAAGUGGCAAGAGGACCUGAUUGAUAGCUGCUUGGACCACAAGUACCAGAACGAGCUCUUCGCUUCGAUUCUCACCAUCGGCCAGUACAAGCCGCAUGACGACGGCGAGAAGGGCAAGGGAGGCGGCGGGAAGGGAAGUAUUGGAUUUGCGAUGUAGUUUGUGCAUCUAAUCUUCAAAAUUCUUGCUCUUCGCUGUGUAACAACAGGAACAGCCCCAGCUAUCAACUACUUAACUUUGAGGACGUGGUCCUUUGUGUUCCCGUUUCUCGAGAAAAGUGUUCUCCAAUGACUCACCAAAACAGAAAAAGGCUACGGCAAGGGUAAGAAGGGAGACAAGGGCCAUUCCAUCGGGUACAUGCUAUGAACUGCAAAUAUGUCUCGGUCUGGAAGAAUGCAAACUUGUGAUGCGCAUUUCAGAACACAGAAAAAUCUCUCAUGCUUAGGCAGCAAAAGUUGCCCACUUUCUGUCACCAAAGUGGGGCACUUGUCAUGCGGAUUCGGCAUUGCGGAAGCUUCUGGAAACCUGUGACGCUAGAGCUUCCAUGCCGGGCCUUCUGUGUCAUGCAAAAACAGCAUGAGUCUUCCAGACCCAGAAACGUUUGCAAUGCAUACGUGCUGGGCAAGGACCAUUUCACUUUCGAAGAAGUUAAGGGCGGCUCCACCGGCUUCAUCUACGGUGAGGGCUGGGUAUGCGAUACAGCUUUAUUCCCGUACACGUACAAAAGAACGCAUUUGAAAUUUCGCCAACUUAGAAGUUCACGCCUCUUGUCAUGCUGAAUAGGGUUGAAGGAUGAAAGAACGGAAUAAAGGUCUGUCAUGCAGAAACCGCAUCAUUAUACGCGUCCGGGAAAUUCAAAUUUCGUAUGAAUACUUGGGCGAGAAGUCGGGGAAGGAGAAGGGUGCGCUUUCGAAGGACAAGUAUGGCGGUGGGAAAAAGGGUUACGGGUACGGAAAGCAAAACUUCGAUUCCUACGGCGGCGGGAAAAGCAACAAUUAUUACAACGACGGCAGCUACAAUGGCGACACCUCGUUCGAUCGCAGCGGCUCGGUAGAAGAAGAAGGUUCCUACAACAAGGGUGCGCACAAAGGGGGGUGCAGUUACGGUGGCGGACAGCACAAAGGUGGCGGCUACAGCAAUGACUAUGGCGGGCGGUCUCCUGCGUACGGGUACAGCAACAAAGGCGGUGGCGGGGGGUAUCAGGGCGGAAAGAGUGACCACUACGGUAGUUCUUCGUAUGGCAAGGGGAAGAAUUACAACUACGGCGGCUCGUUGUAUAAAGGCGACAACGGUAGUUACAACAGUUCAUACAAGGGCGAUAAAGACUACCACGGCGGGGGCGGUAAGGGUGGACAUCAUUACAACUACAAAGGCAGCGGGAAAGACAAGUACCACAACGGUAAGGGCAACAGUUACAACAACGACCAGCAGUAUAACUACGGCAACAAGGGAACGAACCAGGCUGCUGCGUGGGACCAGCGGAAUGACCAGAUGGGCGUAGCAGGACCGCCGCAGCAGCAGCCUGCGCAGCAGCAGCCGUUAGACCACUACGCGGGUGGUCCGGACAAUGGGCCAAACAUGCAGCAGUUUCCUGGAGCAAGCUCUGCCGCUGGUCCGCAGGACCCGAUGCAUCUUCCCGGGGGGCCCAUGCCGCAGCAGCUGCUUCCGGUCGAUCCGCAAAAUCAGCAGUUCGUGGCUGCGAACCAAAGUCCGAAUCUGCAGCCGCUUGACAACCAACUCUUGUACACCACGAACCAGAAUCAAGUGCAGCCGCAAACGCUCGGGGAACAGUUGUUCCCGCAAGCAACGUACAACACGGCGCAGCCGCUCGGAGGGGGUGGCCCGCCGGGGUCGCAGAUGCCGAUAGGAGCAGAGCAGUUAGGUGGAACAACGAAUAUGAACAACAAUCCGGCGUACAACAAUAACGAGCAGCAGUUACAACACCAGGGCAUGACGCCGGGGCAGCAGCAGCUACAGCACGCUUUGCAGCAACCGUUGGGAAGUCCAAGUGGUCCGCAGAUCGGAGGUCCGCAGCAGCCGCCACAGUACUUGGACCAGCAACAGCUGCAACAAAACUUGCAGUACCAACAGUCUCCGGGGGCUGCUGUCGGAACAGAACUACAACAGCACCAUCCGCCGCAGGUGACGGGAACGCCGGCCUUGAAUGGCGUGCCGGUCCUGCAGUACCAGCCACCUCUGGGUGGAGCCGCAGGUCCACCGCAACAGCAAAUCCAGCAGGGCUCCCCGUACCUCGAUCAGCAGCAUCAACAAAACUCGUCGCAGAUGGGGACGUCGACCGCGACAAGCCUAGGUUAUCCGAAUUCGCAGUACAACGACUGUGCCAGUACGGCGGGCGGCGCUGUUGCCGGCACCACACUUCUCCGGGACCAGACGGCGCAGCAGGUCGGAGGGCCCAAGGGAUACGAGGAGCAGGGGUCCCCGUCCGCAAGCAAUUCUUCGUUUCCACAAACCGCAGAGGCCUGCUUCCAGCAACUGAGAAGGGAGAGCGAGGCUGCGGUACUAAUUCUGUGUUUUGAUGUGAACAAGAAAGGUAGUUAUAGUUUCAGACUAGCGGCCUGCUGGUGCCAUCAUGCUGAAGGGGCAAACAAAUCGGAUUAUGUAACUUGAUCAAAAAAAAAACACCAGGAGCUCUACGCCUGA